AUGUCUUCUAAGGAACGUGAACUGUGUAGUGCUAAAACGCAGAUGCAGGCGACGGAUUUUGAAAUACAAAGAAAACUGACACCUAUAAAAUGUCGCCAUUUUUCACAUUCCGAGGAAAGCUCCGUUGGACCAAAUGUCGAUGCUCGGAUAAUCACAGAAGACGACGACGAUUCUGACGAAGAAACCAGGGAACUGAGAACUAUCUUAGAACGGCUGCAAGACGAAAAGAAAAAAUUAAAGCUAUCCAGUAAGAAAGAGAGGAUAAAAAGGAUAGUAGCUCACGCUCCAAAAACUUAUUUCGGUUCAGGAGAUAUACAGAAAUCAUUGGGUUCUCUUCCUGGAUUUCCAUGGGCGAAAUAUCCCGGAGAAAAACAUCUUCCCGGUCAUAAUUAUACCGGUCCAGGUUCGAUUAGAUGA